AGUUUUCGAUGAAAGCUGGGAAGCUGUAACUGUAAACCUAGAAAGUGUCUUAUUUGCAAACAGUUUUCAACGAAUAAAAAGAGCGAUGGAGGACCUGUUGAUUUCCCUUUGGGAAAACUCCAAUUCAGAAACUGUUUGUGCCAGGCGAAUCCAAGAUUUGGUUGACCAAGGAGCUGAUGUGAACGGAAAAACCUUUGGAGGCCGAACACCACUAAUGAUUGUAUGCUGGAAAUACAAGAAAAAUGAUGUUACUGAUAAAAUAAGAAUUCUCUUGGACCACGGCGCGGACGUAAAUCUAACGGACGAUUUUGGGUGGAAUGCUUUGCACUUCGCUUGUCGAUAUAACUGCACGACCCAGUUAGCUUCCAUAGUCGAUACCUUAUUGCGUAGUAACAUCAACGUCAAUGCAACUACCAGAAACAACUGGAAUUGUCUUCAUCAACUUUGCAAGUAUAAUUUUGCAGAGAAGCUUUAUGGAGUGAUGUCGACCUUGAUAAGGCAUAAUAUUCAUAUUAAUACUCAAACCAAUAAAAAUGACACUGCACUGCAUUUAGUUUGCCGAUACUGCCGAACGGUUGACUUUAACGCAAUCUUUGAACUGUUUAUCAAUGCUGGGGCUCGUGUAGACAUAGUCUCGUCCAAUGGCAAAACCUUGCUGCAUGUUUUAUGUAAAUAUGCUAUUGAUUUGGACUUACAUGGCGUUAUGGAAAAAAUUUUGGACAAAUGCCAAUCUAUGGUUGAUCGCCUUGAUUAUUAUGGUUCAACGGCAAUGGUUUACGCAGCCAAAUUAGGUUGUGUAAAAACUGUUAGUUUGCUUCUGCCUUACACAAAAACAAGCAUCACUGAUGCAUUCGGUCAAAAUGUUGUGGAUCAUUUAAACAAGAUUUUCUCUAAAUCCUUUCCACUAUGCCUCUGUUGCCGGCGGAUGGAAUCUUUUUUAUCUAAGGGAUUUCGUGACGAGCUGGAUAGCAAAAUCCCUCAUCAUUCACCCCGACGCGGUAUAAAUAGGAAUGCUUUAGAAGGCGCAAUACCUAGACGAAUCGACUAUGGGUUUACCAACACCAAUCGAGAUGCUGUUAUUCAACUACCUACUGGAAACGCUUGGAGUAUCAUCAAGGAUGCCUGGACAAAUGAAUCUAGUUUGGAAAUGAAUAUAUUUCUAAAUUUUUUACGUGAACACACCCACCAGUCCUGCACUGGACAUAAUUGCCAAUGGUGCACUGUUUCCGAGGCUGCUGAACAGUACGUGCGUCAACUACUAGAUACAGUAGCUGUAUUGGACAAUAGAUUUGAAGGUGAAAUAGUUCGGUAUGGAAGCUCUGCAGAAAACACAAAAAUUCUUUCGCCAGACGAAUUUGAUUUUAUGCUAGUGUUGAACCAUUUCAAAGAAGCCGAAACGCGUGGUAUUGUUGAGCAGGCAGGAAAUGAAUCAUCGGUUGCAUUUCAAACUGAAUCGGACCGUGGUGUUUCAUCGGCCAAAUUGCUUUAUUAUUUUUACAUGCUAAUGGCGCACGCUAUGAACCAGAUGAACGAUAUGCACAUUUUUUCCCGCAGUUUAAGCUUUUCAGAGACAUGCGUUACUCUAGAUUGCCUGUACAGAGGUAAGCCUCCUGUAGGAACCGAAAACUCCUCUUUUAAAUUAAGUAUCGACAUCACAAUCGCGGUAAUUCGCUCGGCAAUCAACGCCGUUGCGCAACCUUUGCCAUCACCUUUGUAUUCAAACAAGUCACCGGACGUGAAAAUAGACCAAUUUUUGGUGCCACAUCGACAACUCUCUGGCAUCGAAAUUAGUGGCUGGAAACCGUCUUUCCCUAUUGCUGAAAAGGAUGCCUUUCGUCAUUUUGAUCCGAUAAUCACCCGCUGUUAUUGCCUUUUAAAGUUAUUAAUUUUACUCGUUGCCCAUACUGAUGACAACAGCACAUUUAGAAAAACGAAACCCUCGUCCUAUGCGAUAAAAACUUGUUUAUUUAAUUUCGUAAGAAAAAAUCAUAUUCAGUGGGAGGAGAGGUACAUUGAUUUGUAUUGCAGAGGAAUUUGCAAUGAGUUUCUAGAAAAAGGGGAUCAAAUUAAUUCUUUCUUUGACCAUUCCCUACCGGUUUACGUAAUUAAAAACGAAAGCAGAGAUGUUAUGAUUAAAAUUAAAAAUCGCCUUGAGUCGAUUCGACAUUGCGCUUGUAACUUCCAUGGUUCUUUGUUUGCCUGUGAAAAGUUUUGCGUUGCCAAACAUCAUAUAAAGAGAAUGUUUUCACUUGAAAAAAAAUAA